GGGGGAGGUGGCAGGAUGGCGAGCGCUGAUUGGGCCUCUCAGGGAGGGGGCGGGACCGGAAGGUGGUCUCCUUGGGUCGCGGGUCCUCCGGGCAUCCUCCCGGGAAUGUUGAGAGGUGGCAGCAUGACGGCGGAGCUGGGAGUGGGGUUCGCGCUGCGGGCCGUGAACGAGCGAGUCCAGCAGAGUGUGGCGCGGCGGCCGCGGGAACUCCCAGCCGUCCAACCCCGCCUGGUAGCGGUCAGCAAAACAAAACCUGCAGACAUGGUGAUUGAGGCGUACGGCCAUGGCCAGCGCACUUUUGGAGAGAACUAUGUUCAGGAACUACUCGAAAAAGCAUCAAACCCUACGAUUCUGUCUUCCUGUCCUGAGAUCAAAUGGCACUUCAUUGGUCAUUUGCAGAAACAAAAUGUCAACAAACUGAUGGCUGUCCCCAACCUCUCUAUGCUCGAAACCGUAGACUCCGUGAAGUUGGCAGACAAGGUGAACAGUUCCUGGCAGAAGAAAGGUUCUCCUGAACGACUGAAGGUCAUGGUCCAGAUCAACACCAGUGGAGAGGACAGUAAACACGGCCUGCUGCCUUCGGAGACCGUAUCCGUCGUGGAACACAUAAGGGCCAGUUGUCCCAGCCUGGAGUUCGUGGGUCUCAUGACCAUAGGAAGCUUUGGGCAUGAUCUAAGUCAGGGACCGAACCCAGACUUCCAGAGGUUGCUGUCCCUGCGGCAGGAGCUGUGUGAGAAGCUGGGCAUUCCUGUGGAGCAGGUGGAGCUUAGCAUGGGCAUGUCCGUGGACUUCCAGCAUGCCAUUGAAGUAGGAUCUACCAAUGUCCGGGUAGGAAGCACUAUUUUUGGAGAGCGGGAUUACUCAAAGAAACCUGCCCUAGACAAGACUCCAGCAGACCUGAAGGCCUCGGUGCCACUGGUACAGGGACAGUGAGGCCAGGACAGCUCCGAAGAUCAGCCAUGCACCAGCCUAGUUCAUUUUGGUGUUCCGCAUGUCCCCAAUCUUCUAUGGCCAAGAUAGAGCGCUGAGGAUUACGCGUGUGGACGGAAACCACCUGUGGCCUCUGCCACCGAAAGCUUGGUUCAAGCAGUGGCUGAGGCUUGGAUUUGAAGAGUUGCGAGACUUCAGAACUGACACCACAUUAGGAGCCGGGACCUGAGUUCAGUUGAACACUACCCAGGAAUACCCACCCCUAUACCCCCAAGCCCCCAUGGGUGCCUGUUCCCGAGUGUCUUUUGGGCUGCUGGUGUCUAUAACCAAGAAAAUCAAGAGAGAUUCCAUUUUCCAUCUCACUCUAAUAGAACACCCUGUUGUUCCUACAAGUCCCCACUACUCUGGAAUGGGGUGAUUUCUGCUUCCAGUUUCCAUCCUGCCCAGUAGAUGUCUCCAGUCACAGCAACUCUAUGGCACUGACCUUAAAUUCCAGGGUAAUGUCACUUGUAAAUAGCACUUGGGCCUUUCUAACGUUUUGCUGAAAAAGAAGGACUUAGAGCUUACUCCUCUAGGACCACAGCGAUUGAAAGUGGAUGACAGGGGUUCUUCACCAUCAUAAUCCUUUUCUUGGUUUUAGCAGAGACUGUCCCACGUGGAGAUGACAGCCUCCAGUUCUGGCGCAUUGGCGCGUGGGUUCAGCAACUUGCUUUUCCUCUUCUGGAGACGUAUCUCCCAGGCAAACUUACAGCUGUCCCCAGUACACAUGCUGUAUUUACAAGCCAGAAUGCUGCAGCCCCUGGUUGUUCACAAUGCCAUAAGAGCUUCAAAGACACUCCGGCAUUUGCGGGAUGCAGGCAGGACAUGGGGAGUUCAUAAAUAAACAAAGACUAAAUGAGACCCUUCUUUAUCUAAAAAUAAUAACAAACCGGAAAGCACAAUUCUACAGUCAUCACCACAGAGCUUCAGUGUGGCCUGCUUAUUUCCUGAUUGAUUUUGUUUACUCCAGCCCCCAUCCUUCAUUUAACAAAUAACUUCAGAACCCGCUGCUGCCGAAUGUAAUUUCCCAACUUAAACCUCUAUGAUUCUCGUUCUGUCGUGGUAUUUCAGUUUGUUAAAUACAAAUGUGAGCUUGAAUUAUGCCAUCUGUGCCAACUAUAAAACAAUUAAAGGUUUAUUUUUAUGA